AUGGUGCCUCCGAGAGCUGGCUCAGAUUGUGGAGUACCACAAGACGAUGGGCCAGAUCAUCAUGCCCGUCUUCUUCAAUGUCACGCCAUCGGUCGUGAAAAACAGAUCCACGGUUACGGCGAGGCUAUCAAGUGGCAUAGAGAGCGCGGAAUCGACCCAGACACCCUCCGGAAAUGGGAGGAAGCUCUCAUCUGUGUGGGAUCCAUCCCAGGGUUGGAGAUUGAUAGCUGGUCCAAAGAGACUUUAGUCAUCAAUGUUCUUGUCGCAAAUGUGUUGAGGGCACUGAACAGAUACUUCGUUGGCAUCGAGCAUCAUGUGGAAAGAGUCAUGAAAUUACUAAAUGUGGAAUCUAGCGAUAUUCGUGUAGUUGGAAUACAUGGCAUAGGGGGCACCGGGAAGACAACAAUUGCAAGGUUCAUCUACAAAAGAAUAUUUGAUCUCUUUGAUGGCUGUAGCUUUUUGGAAAACGUUAGAGAACAUACCAAAAAACCAGGAGGUUUAGAUAAUUUGCAAGGUCAGUUGGUUUCUGACCUUCUAGGUGUAACGCAUGGACAAAUUCAUUCUGUUGAUGAUGGGAUUAAGUCCAUCAGAAGCAGACUCUUGCACAAGAAGGUUCUCAUUGUUCUCGAUGAUAUUGAACCAAGCUUCGAACUUACACCGAUUUUAAGUAUUCUUGAUUCGUUAGGCUCUGGGAGCAGGAUCAUAAUUACCACCAGAGAUGAACAGGCUUUAGAUAAGUUUGAAGUGUCCCUGAAAUAUGAGGUCGGGGGAAUGCGAGAAGAGGAAGUCGAUGAACUAUUCUGCUCUCAUGCCUUCAGGGGGAGACCUGCUCCAGCUGACUUAGCUACUCUGUCCAAAAAAAUAGUAUCGACUAUUGGCCGGCUUCCUUUGACUGUUGAGGUUGUUGGGUCAUAUCUAUAUUCUAAAAGCAAGGAGGUGUGGGAGCAGACAUUAAACGAAUUGAGAAAAGUACCUGAGCCACAAGUUCAACAGAAAUUGAUGGUAAUAAUCAAAGCAUUACCUGACAAGCAAAGACUGAUAUUUCUGGACAUUGCUUGUUUCUUCAUUGGAGAGGACAAAAGUGUUGCAUGCUACUUGUGGUCUGACCGUGAUUCCGCAAGCGGAUCGGUAUUAGAAGUGCUCAUCAAUUCAUCUAUUGUUAAGAUUGAGAACGAUAAGUUAUGGAUGCAUGAUCAACUUCGAGACCUAGGUAGGGAUAUUGUCCUAGAGAAACAUCUUAAACCUGGAAAGCACAGUAGAUUGUGGAGUCACGAGCAAGCCCGAUGUGCUGGUGAAUAA